AUGGGAAUCAAGCUCACAGAUAAAGAACUUGAAGAUCUGACACAAAGCCUGCCAGUCGGUGCUGAUAAUAAAGUGGCUCUGAAAGCAUUGGAGGAUGAAGUGAAAGCUUUUACUGGAGAGGAAGUUGAUGUCAAUGACAUGAAAAUAAUUCUAGGAAACAUGGGGAUAGAGCUUACGGAUAAAGAACUCGCAGAACUGGUAAAUAAUCUGCCAGUUGAUGAUGGAAAGGUCUAUCAGAAAAGAUUACUGGACGGUAUAAAGUUUCUUAGAGGGGGGAAGAUUGACUCUAGCAAAGUGGACAUGGUUUUGGGAAACAUGGGCAUAAACCUCACUGAAAAAGAACUUGAAGAUCUAACACAAAACCUACCAGUUGAUGUUAAUGGUAAGGUUGAUCUGAAAAAGGUGAUGAAUGAAAUGAAAUAUUUUACGGGAGACAAAGUUGAUACAAAUAAACUUAAAAGUGUUUUAGGAAACUUGGGGAUUGAGCUCAUGCCUGAUGAACACUUGAACUUGCUGAAAACAUUGCCAGUUAAUGCUGAUGGAAAAGUGUAUCAGAAAAGGUUGAUGAAAGGCAUAAAGUCUCUUGAGCAAGGCAGUGUUGAUGUCAAUAAGCUGGACACUCUUUUAGAAAACAUGGGGAUAAAGAUCACGGAAGAGGAAUUCAUGGAUCUAACAGAAAGACUACCAGAUGACUCUGAAAAGAAAGUCAAACUAAAUAAGUUGAUUAAAGAAUUGAGUGCUGUUUUAGGGAAACAGGUAGAUGUCUGUGACCUAGAAGAUGCACUAAAAGACAUGGAAAUAGAGGUCCCAUAUGAGGACUACUUGCAUUUAGUAAAAACUUUGCCGCUUGAUGCUGAAGGAAAGGUGUUUCAAAAAAGGUUGCUGGAUGGUAUAAAGACUGUUAAAAGAGGAAAGGUUGAUAUAAAUGACCUGGAUAAAUUUCUGGAAAAUAUGGGGAUUGAGCUCUCAGAAAAAGAACUUGAAGAUUUUUCAAAAGACCUACCAGUUGAUGUUGAUGAGAAGGUUGAUCUGAAAAACAUGAUGCUGAGAAUAAAAGAUUUUACAGGAGAAAAGGUUGAUGCCAGAGAUCUGAAAAAUGUUCUUGGAGAGAUGGGGAUAGAAGUCAAUGAUAAGGACUGCGUGGAACUGCUAAAGUUACUACCAGUUGAUGGUGAUAAGAAAGUUUUUCGGAAUAGAUUGCUAACGGGUUUGAAGUCUUUCAAAGGAGGAAAGGUUGAUAUCGGUAACCUGAAGACGAUUCUUGGGAACAUGGGGAUCAAGCUCAAAAAUAAGGAACUUCAUAGUGUGAUACAAAAUCAACCUGUUGAUGCUAAUGGAAAUGUUCCUCUGAAAAAGGUGAUGGAUGAUGUGAAAGCAAUUAUAGGAGAAAAACUUAACGUGGAAAAUCUAAAAAAUAUUCUCGAAGGCCUUGGAAUAGAAUUCACACCUAAAGAAUACUUGGAACUGGUACAAAAUCUGCAAAUUGAUGAUGAUGGAACUAUAUCUGAAAAUAGAUUGCUAGAUGGUGUGAAAUCAUUCAAAGGUGGAAGGGUUGAUGUUAGUAACCUGAAAAACGUUUUGGAAAAUAUGAAAAUCAUGCUUCCAGAUAAGGAACUUAAAGAUUUGUCACAAAACCUACCAGUUGAUGCUUCUGGGAUGACUGAUCUGCAUAAACUACUAAAAGAAGUAAAUAAAUUCACAGGAGGAAAAAUUCAAGCCAAGGACAUACAAAAAGUACUGGGAGACAUGGGAAUAGAGCUCACAAAUAGGGAACUCUGGAACCUGAUGAAAAUGUUGCCAAUUACUGGUAGGUAUUUUAUGCACUACUAUGAUAUAUAUUUCUGUGCUAGUGUGGACUUAAAUGUGAGAAUAUCAUAAAAAUGGGCCCCUCUGAUUUCCUAUAAAAAGACAGAAAGAGUCCGGGCAUGGUGGUAAUCCCAGCACUCUGGG